CACAUAUCCCGCCGGUUUUCGGGAAAUGAGCAUCUCACAAUCGUUGCUAGCUUUUACUCGGCCCGUUGACCGAUUAAUUUGCUUUAGAAAACUUUUAUCUUGUCCUCAUUGUGCUUUCUGGUUUGCAUGAUAUUUUCAAACCGGAGCUUGAGUUAUUGCGUCUUUGCACAGUUAAGUGUGGGGGGAUUUGAUGACUCGGUAUUUGCACAUGUUUUCCCCUUUGUUUCUUGAUUGUUUGAGCUUGAGUUAUUGCGUCUUUGUCCUAUUUUAUGCUAGGUUGUGUUCCUUUGUCACAUUUCAGGUCCUAGCACAUAAAGUGAAGCAUAGGCGCAAGUUUCAAAUCAAUCAGAGAUCAAUUGACGAUUUGGGAGAAGAAACUCGUGCAUGACCUGAAGAAGAAUGGAUUUCUACCUCACUUUAUGGACAAAUAAUCAUGCAAGCUUGUAAUGAAAAGAAAGACGACGAGACUACGAGCAUCUGGGAUCAAACGGGGACUGAUUCGGUGUCCGGACGAGGGAGAAACGAAGCAUUAAACAGAGGCUGAGCAAGCCACACGUGCAUCCUGGAACUCCACACGCCCGUGUGGGUCGUGGCCGUGUGGAAAUCACCGAGCCUUCACACGGGCAGCUGGGAAAGCCACACAUCCGUGUGGCCAGGCCGCGUGAUCGGGAAUUUCUGUUUAAAACUCGAUUUUCAGCCAAAGGAAAGGGGAGAGUUGGGUUUUGGUUCCCAAACACCCAAGGGACGAACCCUAGAGAGAGAGAGCGACUUGGGAACAUUCUUGGAGCUAUUUUGGAGGAUUUCUUCACCAUUGGAGCUCGAGAAACAAGUUUGGAGAUGGAGAUUAAAGAUCUAAUUGAGAAACUAUUGCCUUUCAAAAGUAAUUGCAACUUGGACCUAAUUGAGGAGCUAGGGGGAAUCAUACCUAAGUGAGUUCACAACUUGUAAUUAGUAGAGUAGUCAGUAGAGUAGUUUAUAAAUCAAUCCUUAAUCUAGUUUGCUAGAUAAUGAACUGAAGCUGAGUAAUAGUAACUCUACAGACCCGUGGAUUCGAUAUUUAUUACUUGUGCCACUAUACUGCAGUCCCUUUCAUUGGUUACACUUGGCCAUUGUUAGGUGUUGUGUUUUAGCGUGUCAAGUUUUUGGCGCCGUUGCCGAGGACUUUCUAGAGUAUUAGGAAAGGCAGAAGUUUGUUACUUUAGCGUUUUUAUUUUCUUUUCUUUUCCACCCUUGCUUUUCACUUGGGUGUUUUUGUUUUUGUUGGUGCAGAUCUGAAUCAUGGAUCCUCAUGGCUUCUCCAACAAUUGGGGGUAUCCACCACCACCACCCCAGUGGUAUUACCCCGAGACUCCCUGGAGCAAUCAAGGAAGAGAAGACUAUGGAUUCGGGUUCCAGUACCAACCCCCUUACUACGGAGAACAACCGGACCCCUGGGCAUAUCAAGAACAACCUCAUUAUCAAGAAGAAUUUCUCUCACAACAAGAAGGGCCAUCGGCGCUGGAGUUACCCAUGACGGCCUUCACGGGCCAUUCUGCAGAGCCAUGUUACACUCCAUAGCCAGAUCCAAACUAUGAAUUGAGGCUUCUCAUGGAGUAGUUUGCUCGAGAUUGUGAGAGAUCAUGCUACAGGAUGGAUCAUUGUGUCCAUGCCUAUCGUGAAACAGAGGAGAUCCUCCUGAGCCUUAAGAAGAGCGCCGAUGAUCUUGAGCGAUCUUUCGCACAAUCUGCUCCAGAUCACCCUUCUGCUACCAUACAAGAAGAGGAGGAGGAAGAAGAAGGCUACAAGGACAUAGUGGAGCACACUAAAGUUGUCACGGAGAACUCCCGUGAUGAUCUUGAUCAGGAAUGUCAUAUCAUAGACGACCACACAUUCCCACAUCCCAAACUGAGAUUUGAAGAGGCGGGCAUGAGUGAGGAUGUGCAAGAAGAUCUCAUGAAAGAAAUUGCUUGGCAACUUGCUCUCCAAUCCGUGCUAGAAGAAGAAGAGCAAGAAAGGGUGCAGAAAGAAGUUGUGGAGGAUGACAAAAGUGAAGCAGGAGGAGUUCUUGAUCAUUUCCCAGGGGUGAUACCACAUGAAGAAGAAAGUGAGGUUGAAGAAGCAAUUGGUGUCCAGGCUGAGGAUGAAGUUGAGGUGGAAGAGGCUUGCACCGGCCCUAUAAUACAAGUAAUAUACCCACCAAACUUCGAGGAACUACUUAGCAAGGACCCAUUUGCAGUGUCUCUUUGCCAAACCAAGGCCACAUCGACAUCUGUCCCUCUUGGUGGACACGAUGGUGGCCAAUCGAUGUUGUCAUAUAUGGUUUGGGGCAAUGAGACGAGAGAAGAGAAGAAGAGGUCUCGAGGAUGGAGACUUCAUCUGCAUCAAGUGCACGAGCUUCCAUCACCAGUCAUACCACAUGCUCGUGACUUGCGACUCGACCUCAUUGACGAGAACCUCAACUUCAAGGAGGUUCUAGCAUGGACCGAAACUUAGGAGCCAUCGUCUGGCUCACGACGUGAAAGAAGCGCUUGUUGGGAGGCAACCCAACCAGUCGAUUUGCAUUUCUUUCUCUAUUUCUCCUCGGUUGAGUCAGUUUUGUUAUUUGAUUUUAGAGUCAAUAACUCAACCUUUGUGAGAUUUUGUGUGGUGUUUGCGUUCUGAUUACUCUCUCUUCCUGGAAUGCACCGCUUGACCCGUCCAUCAUCAUUCACCCUUGAUCUGGUAACUUCGUUCUACCCUCCUUAUCUUUCCUCCAUUGAGGACAAUGUCGUGCUUAAGUGUGUGUGUGGGGGGGGGGGUGUUCGAUUAUGUAUGCGGGUGAAUGUUUGGCUGUUUGUGUGCUUGGAGCCUAGUCCACUGUCCAAAUUUUUAAAUUUGAGGGCUCCAAGUACGUGUUUCCUUGCAAAUUGCCUGCUCAGUAUGCUUUGAAUCAACUUCUCUAUAGUAGUGUGCAACCUAGGGAGGUAGUGUAGCACUAUGGAGGAUGUUGAAGUAUAAGAUUUUUCCUAUCUAGCUCUCUGUUGUGCCAGUUGAUUUUGUGAAGUAGUGGAGCUAAGACCGUUGAAUUCAUGUGGUAAUGGUGACUCUGUUUGGAUUGUGUUAUGGACUCGUGUAUCGAACAUGGUGCUCAUAUGGAAAAUGGGAAGCAGUUGGUCCUCCAUGUCGAAAUCAUUGAAAUCUUAAACAUGGGGUAAGCCCAACGUGUGUGGCACCGUUCAUUGCACAAAAUCGGGUUUUGGAAGAGAUUUUAGUGAUCCUUAGUGGGGUACUCCUACAAGGUGAAGCUAAGCUGUCUCUAGUACAAGUAAAAUUUUCACCCGUUGAACGGUUUACCUACUUGAGGAUGCGUUUUUAAGGGCACGGAUAGAGCUUCCGACCCCCCUUGAUUUCAUUGACCCUCCACACGAGUUGAGGAAAAGGAAUUAAAAGAAGUACUCUGGCGAGCACUAGAUGUACAAAAAUUGCUCUUGCUCGACUAAUAAGGGUCGACCGUGCAAAAGACUGCAGUUGGAACCCCCGUCAAGUGAAUGAAGAAAAAAAGAGAAAAAGAAAUGUAAAUGAAAGUGCAAAAAGGGGUUCUAACGGUGAAAUGAAGUGAAAGAGAACUCCGGUACAACGAGUCCUUGGUUGUGAAUGGUGUGAGUCCCUUUAUCCAUGAACUGACUGUCUUACUUCUACUUCUUCUCAUUUUCCUGGCUUGAGUCUAGUUCUCGCAUUGAGAGAGAUAGGGGACGUCUUAGAUGACCAGUUGACCUCGUAAGCUACUAUAUGAUCUAGGAAAUCCUCUACCGACGAUCGGGGUUGUUUGUCGCUAUAGAGGUCUGGAGAGCUGCAUUGGUUUGAGUUAGGUUUGCUUGGGGACAAGCAAACAGUUAAGGGUGGGGGGAUUUGAUGACUCGGUAUUUGCACAUGUUUUCCCCUUUGUUUCUUGAUUGUUUGAGCUUGAGUUAUUGCGUCUUUGUCCUAUUUUAUGCUAGGUUGUGUUCCUUUGUCACAUUUCAGGUCCUAGCACAUAAAGUGAAGCAUAGGCGCAAGUUUCAAAUCAAUCAGAGAUCAAUUGACGAUUCGGGAGAAGAAACUCGGGCAUGACCUGAAGAAGAAUGGAUUUCUACCUCACUUUAUGGACAAAUAAUCAUGCAAGCUUGUCAUGAAAAAAAAGAGGACGAGUAUACGAUCGUCUAGGAUCAAACGGGGACUGAUUCGGAGUCCGGACGAGGGAGAAACGAAGCAUUAAACAGAGGCUGAGCAAGCCACACGGGCAUCCUGGAACUCCACACGGGCGUGUGGGUCAUGGCCGUGUGUAAAUCACCGAGCCUUCACACGGGCAGCUGGGAAAGCCACACGGCCGUGUGGCCUGGCCGCGUGAUCGGGAAUUUCUGUUUAAAACUCGAUUUUCAGCCAAAGGAAAGGGGAGAGUUGGGUUUUGGUUCCCAAACACCCAAGGGACGAACCCUAGAGAGAGAGCGACUUGGGAACAUUCUUGGAGCUAUUUUGGAGGAUUUCUUCACCAUUGGAGCUCGAGAAUCAAGCUUGGAGAUGGAGAUUGAAGAUCUAGAUCAGAUUUCUGCAGUCUCUCUCUUCUCUAUGAAAUAACUUCCCUUCACUUAGGUUUUGAGGAACCGUAGUUCCAUGUGUUGGGAUCUUUCUUGUAUGAAGUUUUGGAUGCUAUAUUGUUUGAUUAUAAUCGAUUGAGGCAUGAUUAAUAGAUUCAAUUGAAGCCUGAUCAUCUUCUCUUGAUUUCUGCUUUAACCUAUGAUAGAUAGAAUAUGAUUAGGUUAAGAGUGCUUCCAUGAUUGAUAGUGGUGAAUUGGUUGUGCGAGAGUCAACCAAUUCACUGCUUUGUACUGGAAUUCAUUCCUGUAGUGGAGAUCUGUGUGAAUCGCCUUAGCAGUCUAUCCUGGUGAAGGCUAGUCGCCUGCCGGGUAUUCUGUCUAAGUGGGCUUGGUCAGCUUAAGAGAUUCCAAGCUAAUUUAGGAUCUUCUGUAGUUUAAUCAACAGUAGAUCAACCAAAAGUAAUUGCAACUUGGACCUAAUUGAGGAGCUAGGGGGAAUCAUACCUAAGUGAGUUCACAACUUGUAAUUAGUAGAGUAGUCAGUAGAGUAGUUUAUAAAUCAAUCCUUAAUCUAGUUUGCUAGAUAAUGAACUGAAGCUGAGUAA